CUUUAGCAACCCCAUUUCGCCUCCACUCUCUUUCCCAUCUCUCUCUCUCUCUCUCUCUCCGGCGUUCUCCGGCGUUGUCCGGCGAUCCUUCCAUUCGAGAGGAAUCGCUGUUCCUUUUCUUCGUCAACGACGUGCCCUAGAGCUCCAGCGAGAUGUGGCGCAGCUGCGUGUCCCGUGGCCUUCGUUUCGCUUCCAGGAACCCAUCGAUCGUGGCCCGAUCGCCGUUCCCUCUCCUCGCUUCCCGAACUCUCUCCACCGAUUCGGCUGGUGGAUCGUCGUCAUACACCCUAGUGGAUCAUACUUAUGAUGCAGUUGUUGUUGGUGCUGGAGGUGCGGGUCUUCGGGCAGCUAUUGGGCUUUCUGAGCAUGGGUUUAAUACUGCUUGUAUCACCAAGCUCUUCCCUACUCGCUCCCAUACUGUUGCAGCUCAGGGUGGUAUAAAUGCAGCAUUGGGAAAUAUGACUGAAGAUGACUGGAGGUGGCACAUGUACGAUACAGUUAAAGGAAGUGAUUGGCUAGGUGAUCAGGACGCUAUCCAGUAUAUGUGUAGAGAGGCCCCAAAAGCAGUGAUUGAGCUUGAAAAUUAUGGCUUGCCUUUUUCCAGAACUGAGGAUGGGAAAAUAUAUCAGCGUGCUUUCGGGGGCCAAAGUUUGAAUUUUGGGAAAGGUGGGCAGGCAUAUCGUUGUGCAUGUGCUGCUGAUCGAACAGGUCAUGCAUUGCUGCACACUCUUUAUGGGCAGGCAAUGAAGCAUAAUACUCAGUUUUUUGUGGAAUACUUUGCAUUGGAUCUUCUCAUGGAUAAAAAUGGAGCUUGCCAAGGGGUGAUUGCGCUAAAUAUGGAGGAUGGGACUCUUCACCGCUUCCGUGCUGCUUCUACCAUUCUGGCCACUGGGGGUUAUGGAAGGGCUUACUUCUCUGCAACCUCAGCUCAUACAUGCACCGGCGAUGGGAAUGCUAUGGUUGCACGAGCUGGACUGCCCCUUCAGGAUCUUGAGUUUGUACAGUUCCAUCCAACUGGCAUAUACGGUGCUGGGUGUCUAAUAACAGAAGGAUCUCGUGGUGAGGGUGGUAUUCUAAGGAACAGUGAAGGCGAAAGAUUCAUGGAACGUUAUGCGCCAACGGCCAAGGAUCUUGCUUCACGAGAUGUUGUUUCAAGAUCUAUGACCAUGGAAAUUAGGGAAGGCCGUGGUGUAGGGCCUCUAAAAGAUCACAUUUAUCUUCACUUGAAUCACUUGCCACCUGAGGUUCUGAAGGAAAGACUCCCUGGCAUUUCUGAAACUGCUGCAAUUUUUGCGGGUGUUGAUGUUACAAAGGAGCCCAUCCCCGUUUUACCUACAGUGCACUAUAAUAUGGGUGGUGUUCCCACAAAUUACCAUGGGGAGGUUGUUGACAUCAAAGGUGAUGAUCCAGAUGCCGUUAUUCCUGGUUUAAUGGCUGCUGGAGAAGCAGCUUGUGCGUCAGUUCACGGUGCUAACCGGCUUGGUGCCAAUUCCCUUCUUGAUAUUGUUGUCUUUGGUAGAGCCUGUGCAAACAGGGUUGCCGAGAUACAUAAGCCAGGAGAGAAACAGAAACCUCUUGAAAAGGAUGCUGGAGAGAAGACCAUUGCCUGGCUGGAUGAGUUAAGAAAUGCAAAUGGUUCACUGCCCACUUCAAAAAUCCGUCUAAAUAUGCAACGGGUCAUGCAAAAUAAUGCUGCGGUUUUUCGCACUCAAGAAACAUUAGAAGAAGGUUGUCAACUGAUUGACAAGGCGUGGGAUAGUUUUCAUGAUGUCAAAAUUCGUGAUCGGAGCCUGAUAUGGAACUCUGACUUAAUUGAGACCAUAGAGCUGGAAAAUCUUUUAAUAAAUGCGUGUAUCACCAUGCAUUCUGCUGAAGCCAGAAAAGAGAGCAGAGGUGCUCAUGCUCGUGAAGAUUUCACGAAAAGAGAUGAUGAGAAUUGGAUGAAGCACACACUGGGGUACUGGGAGAACAAAAAGGUCAGGCUGGCAUAUAGGCCUGUACACAUGAAUACUUUGGAUGAUGAGAUUGAGUCAUUCCCACCGAAAGCUCGUGUUUAUUGAAGUACCCUGAAGCCCCUCUCUUUCCUAAAUUCAAGAGCACCUGAGGUUUGAAUAAAAUGUUGAUACCUGUUGAUGCCUACCAAAGGAAAUUGAACUGUUUGCUAUGUUAGAUAGGCGAAGCUAUUUCAUAAGCAGCAUGGCCUUUUCUACUGGUUAAAGAAAGUAGACAUUAAUAUUCACAUAAGCUGCUAUUUUUUGGCACAUUUCCUUUGGUCUUGAAGUAAUUUAUUUCUUUCAGUUAUCCAGUCAUUUCAUGCAUGAAACACCGAACUCCUCAAAUUUAGUUUCUGUUCCACUAACGCCUUAGGUGGUGGGAGUUUGAGCUGGGAGGUUCCUCCUGUUCUCUCAUUUUGAAGUGCACUUUAACUGUUUUUGUGUGGAGGGCUUUGAUACUUAUCCUAUACUUCCAUGUUCUAGCGCAAAUAAAAUCACUGAUAUUGAAUCUA